UUCAAUCAUGGAAAAUCAGUUGAUUUUGCGGUUUUACGCUCACCCUACGGUCUAGAGAGCAAAUUGGGCAGUUACAAAUUGAUAGUUCCGUUUCCCAAAACAGGUAGCGCGAAAUUUCGCCUGCAACUGCAAAAAACUCCAUUGAAAUAAAAAGUCUCUCUGCGCUUCUUUUACCCAAUGGCUUUUCUCGGAUCCAAUAUAUCAAGCGAGGUUGGGCUGCGGUUACUUCUUUGCCCACUUGGUUCUAAUGUUGUAAUUCGAACAGCAUGCUGUUCUGUUGGGGUUAUUUUACCUGUGUACUCUACAUUCAAGGCAAUUGAGAGGAAAGAUCAAAAUGAGCAACAAAAAUGGCUAAUAUAUUGGGCAGCAUAUGGUUCUCUCAGCCUUGUGGAAGCAUUUUCAGACAAGUUACUCUCAUGGGUUCCAAUGUAUUAUCAUGUGAAGUUUGCAUUUCUAGUGUGGCUUCAACUUCCAUCCACUGAAGGCGCAAUGUAUUUGUAUAGGAACCACCUGCGUCCUUUCUUCUCCAGACAUCAAGCUAGAGUUGAUCUGCUUAUGGGUUUUGCUUAUGGUGAAAUGGCCAAAAUUGUCAGCACACACCGAGCAGAAAUUGAAUAUGCUAGAGCUAUAAUCUUGAAGAUUAUGGGUUCAGCUGACCAAACGAGUAAGGGCGAGUCUGAUCGUUCUAAAGAGCACCUGGCAAUUGAAGGCGGGACAAGGACAAGCGCAGACACUGAAUCUGAUUUUGACGAUUGACUCAACACUUAUGUUGUUCAUUUGCAUGAUUUUAAAUCCUUGAAUUUUUAUUUUUAAAUUUACUUGUAAAAGGACAGAAAGGAAUUGGAUUGGUGUUUUUUGAACAAAACCAGAGAGAAAAUAAUAGAUGAUUACCAAGUACCCUGAAUGAAUAAAUAUGUGUAUUUAAUAUUUUA